GCAGCUCGGCCAGCGCGAUCGCGGGGCUGAGCGCACGUCCGUCCGGGGAGCUCCGGCGGCUGCCCUGGCCCGCGGCCGCCUCCCUCUCGCGCGUCUUCCUGUCCUCGCUCGCACCCUUCCUUCCUUCUCCGGCUCCCGCGCCGUCCGCCCGCCCGGCAGCCCGCGGCGGCCGCGCUCCCCGCAGCCACGAUGCCCGCGGCCCGGCCGCCCGGCGCGGGACGCGGCGGGAUCGCGCUGUUCCUGGCUCUGCUCCUGGGGAGCCCCGCGGCGGCUCUAGCGCGAGAUGCUAGCCCCUCGGCUACUUACCCUCUGCCCUCAGGAGCACUGGGGAGCAGCAGUCUGAGCAGAGAGAGCCGGGAGGAGAGAGUGACAACGGCCCCUGCGAGUCCAGCCCGCUUGGAGGAAGGGUUUCUGGAGCUGGAGCUCGCGGGCACAGCGCCCUCCGCGCAUCCCGGCGCGCCCGCCCCGUCGGUGCCGCUCCCGGGGACGGGGGGCGCCAAGCACACCCUCCCGCCCAGGAAGACGCUGCCUUCGCUCCAGCAGGUGAACUCGGCCCGGAGGCAGCUGAGGCCCAAGGCGACCCCGGCGGCGGCCCUGCAGGAGGUGGCGUCCCCUGCAGCCUCCUCGGGCCUGGGUGGCUUCCCGUCCGCGGAGAAGCGCCCCCGCUCUCCAGGCGACCCGGACCUGGUGCCCUCGGCCGAGACCCGCCGUCCGCCGUCGGAGAUGCCCAGCUGGCCGGACCUGCAGGAAGGCGCAGCCCCCACGACGCCCGCGCCCCUGCAGAUCGCCCCCUUCACCUCGCAGCCCUAUGUGGCCCUCACGCUCCCGCAGAGGCCGGGUCCCGGGGAGACCCCUGCGCUGGAGGAGGCCCCUGAGGCUCCCCCUGAGGAGGCCAGUCCCCUGACCCUGAUGGACAAGGGAGGAGAGAACGAGCUGACUGGGUCAGCCUCCGAGGAGAGCCAGGAGACCACGACGUCCACCAUUAUCACCACCACCAUCAUCACCACGGAGCAGGCCCCAGCUUUCUGCAGCGUGAGCUUCUCCGACCCCGAGGGGUACAUCGACUCCAGCGACUUCCCACCUCUGCCCCUGAACAACUUCCUGGAGUGCACAUACAAUGUAACAGUCUACACUGGCUACGGGGUGGAGCUCCAGGUGAAGAGCGUGAACCUAUCCGAGGGGGAGCUGCUGUCCAUCCGUGGGGUGGACGGCCCCACCCUGACCGUCCUGGCCAACCAGACGCUCCUGGUGGAGGGGCAGGUGAUCCGCAGCCCCACCAAUACCAUCUCCGUCUACUUCCGGACCUUCCAGGACGACGGCCUUGGCACCUUCCAGCUGCACUACCAGGCCUUCAUGCUGAGCUGCAACUUUCCCCGCCGGCCAGACUUUGGGGAUGUCACGGUGAUGGACCUGCACUCGGGUGGGGUGGCCCACUUCCACUGCCACCUGGGCUACGAGCUCCAGGGCGCCAAGACACUAACCUGCAUCAAUGCCUCCAAGCCCCACUGGAGCAGCCAGGAGCCCAUCUGCUCAGCGCCUUGCGGCGGAGCAGUGCACAACGCCACCAUCGGCCGGGUCCUCUCCCCGAGUUACCCUGGAAACGGCAACGGGAGCCAGUUCUGCGUGUGGACGAUUGAAGCCCCCAAGGGUCAGAAACUACAUCUGCACUUUGAGAGGCUGUCGCUGAAUGAUAAGGACAGGAUGACAGUCUACAGCGGGCGAACCAACGCCUCAACUCUCCUGUACGACUCCCUUCAAACCGAGAGCGUCCCCUUCGAGGGUGUGCUGAGUGAUAACAACACCAUCUGCAUCGAGUUCACGUCAGAGCAAGGCCGAGCGGCCUCAACCUUCAACAUCCGAUUUGAGGCCUUUGAGAAAGGUCACUGCUAUGAGCCCUACAUUCAGAACGGCAACUUCACCACGUCCGACCCGACCUAUAACAUCGGGACCGUAGUGGAGUUCACCUGUGACCCCGGCCACUCCCUAGACCAGGGCCCGGCCAUCAUCGAGUGCAUCAAUGUCCGGGACCCGUACUGGAAUGACACGGAGCCCCUGUGCAGAGCCAUGUGUGGUGGGGAGCUCUCUGCCGUGGCCGGGGUGGUGCUGUCUCCAAACUGGCCAGAGCCCUACGUGGAAGGUGAAGAUUGCAUCUGGAAGAUCCAUGUCGGGGAGGAGAAACGGAUCUUCUUAGAUAUCCAGCUCCUGAACCUCAGCAGUAGUGACAUCCUGACUGUUUACGACGGUGACGAGGCUAUGCCUCACGUCCUGGGCCAGUACCUGGGGAACAGUGGCCCCCAGAAGCUGUACUCCUCCACGCCCGACCUGACCAUCCAGUUCCACUCGGACCCUGCCGGCCUCAUCUUUGGGAAGGGACAGGGAUUUAUCAUGAACUACAUAGAGGUGUCAAGGAAUGACUCCUGCUCAGAUUUGCCUGAGAUCCAGAAUGGCUGGAAAACCACUUCUCACACGGAGCUGGUGAGGGGAGCUAGAAUCACCUACCAGUGUGACCCCGGCUAUGACAUCGUGGGAAGUGACACCCUCACCUGCCAGUGGGACCUCAGCUGGAGCAGCGACCCCCCAUUUUGUGAGAAAAUUAUGUACUGCACUGACCCCGGAGAAGUGGAUCACUCAACCCGCCUGAUCUCAGACCCUGUUUUGCUGGUGGGCACCACCAUCCAAUACACCUGCAACCCCGGGUUUGUGCUCGAAGGCAGUUCUCUGCUGACCUGCUACAGCCGCGAAACAGGCACUCCCAUCUGGACGUCCCGGCUGCCCCACUGCGUCUCGGAGGAGUCCCUGGCAUGUGACAACCCAGGGUUGCCUGAAAACGGGUACCAAAUCCUGUACAAGCGACUGUACCUGCCUGGGGAGUCUCUCACCUUCAUGUGCUACGAAGGCUUCGAGCUCAUGGGAGAAGUAACCAUUCGGUGCAUCCUGGGGCAGCCAUCCCACUGGAACGGGCCGCUGCCCGUUUGCAAAGUUAAUCAAGACAGCUUUGAACAUGCUUUGGAAGUAGCAGAAGCGGCAGCGGAGACGUCCCUGGAAGGGGGAAGCAUGGCACUGGCUGUCUUCAUCCCUGUCCUCAUCAUCUCCUUACUCCUGGGAGGAGCCUACAUUUACAUCACCAGAUGUCGCUAUUACUCCAAUCUCCGCCUGCCCCUGAUGUACUCCCACCCCUACAGCCAGAUCACCGUGGAAACCGAGUUUGACAACCCCAUCUACGAGACAGGGGAAACCAGAGAAUAUGAAGUUUCCAUCUAAAGAGAGUUGCACUUGAAAAGGGAGCUUACAGAGAUGAACUCAACUAUGACCUCCUCAAGAAAUUCAUCCAGAGACCAUGUGGCAUUUAAUUGAAACCCCAGAGUGUCGACUGUCUUUUCUUUAGACUCUUUAUUGAAAAUUUACUGUUUUCUUCAUUGUAUUUAUUAUAUUUAAAAUUGAGAUAGGCGUGGUAGGCUGUAUUGGGGUUGCAGCCAAAUUCAUGUUGCAGCCUCAAUUCUGAGGACAGGAGGAAGAUGUUGCAAAAUGACAAGCAAAGCAACAGAAAAAAGAUGAAGAAGGAAUUAAAAAAAAAAAGCAGAUUAAGUUUCUCCAGUCAGCAAUGCCAUGCUAAGGCUGCAUCAAAUUGCAUGCAUCUAUGCCAGUGGUGUUUUUAGUACAGAUCUAUACCCCAAGACUCAUUUGGGAAGGCUGUUUCUUGUUGGAUUUACUUGGGUUGGAAUUUAGCAUGGGUACUUAAACAGGUCUGCUCCAAAGCAAAUUCUGUGUCCUCUCUCCCAAAUAUACUAGCAUCUAAAAGUCUAGCCACAUCCUUUUGAAGGUUGUUAGACAAACAUUUUCUUCUACCACCCUGGCCUCGCUUGAAUGCUGGCAAAAUAUGGAAAUGUUUUCUUUCUAAAAAGGUGACAGAUGAUGAAGGAAAAUUGUCAGGGAGGAUGAGAGAUGUGAGAGUUCCAAUGAAGAACUGGGUGAGGCGGGCAGUUGGAUGAGGAAAUUGAGUUAAUAAAAUCUUUCUGCCUUUGACACUCCUUCAACAAUGAAGAGCAGGUCGUGUAUGCUACCCGUGUCAGAGCGGGUCACCUGGCUCAGCGGGUCACCCCCAAGCGGUGGUAAUAAAUCCAUGGGCCUGGGGAGCCUGGGUGGCCUCACCCAUACAGUUAGGAGGAUUUGUGUUGAGGGAGUGGCGUGACAUAUCCCGAAAUCCAAGAGUGAGCUCUGUUUUUCUCCUGGGUGCUGGGAUGCCUUGGCCUUCAAAGUACGGGAGCUCCACAUGCACUGUUUCUCUAAAAGGUAUCACAUUCAGAAGGCACUUGUAAUCAAGUAUUUUGAGGGGUGGGAGGGCCCUAGGAGAAGAAACAAGUUUUCUGUUCUCUGAAGCUCUGUCCAAAUGCUGGGUGGCGGCAGAGUGGGACCGAGAAGUGCCCUGGAGAAGAGGAGAAACUGCAGAUGGGAGUCUGCAUCCUGUGAUCUGAACAUCAAAGAGGAGACAGAGAGCAAUUUCAGGCCAGAAGGGAAUUUACAGAACCACACUGCAUCACAGGAGCAUCCUUGUAUCUUACCAGGGUCCAUUAGGUUUGGUGAGUGUGUGACUCUUAAGUACAGGUAUAAAGAAAAUGCAGGUAUGUCGUGGAACCCUGGAACCACGUGGAGACAGCCAAUGGCUCAGAGAGGCACACAGGCUUAGCAAAUCUUGGGGUCCUCUUUGGCACCUUCCAGUGCUUUCUCAAUUUGCUUUAAAUGUACCGGUUUUCAAACAAGAAAAGGACUUUCUGACUGCCGUGCCCUUUGGAGCAUGGCUAGGAGUCCAUGAUUUGGUAGCUGUCUCAGAAACACCUUCUGAAGCAGAAUAGGGAAUUGACUUUCCGUGGGUACUGUCCUCCCCACCAGGAGCUCGGACUUUGAUCUUGGGGGUCUGAGUAUGGGAUAUUUUCCUUCUGCCAGAAAGAGAGUCCUGCAUGUUUGCUCCUUAAGGCUACUUCCCAGUCACCCAAAGCCCACCCCAUUUUAUAAAAGAAUCAGAGGAGAAAUGUUGCAUUCCACGAACAUGAACAUGUCAUAUUUGCAGAAAGACCAACAAAUCAAAUAAUGUAACUUUUUUUUUUUAAGGAAGAAUCCAGUCCUUACAUUUAUUUCUAUUUGAGUCUCACUCUAACCCUAGUCCUGGGUCAUCAGGAAGGAAGAUCUCUAUUAAUGAUAUUUGACUUUACUGCAUACUAUGGUUAUGGGAAAAUGAAACAUUUGCCUUUUGUAUAAAAUGUAAAAUCUUUAUUCUAACCUUGUUCCCUAAAGUUGGCUAGGCUAUGGACCAGGAAGUCUUAUUGACUAUUAGAGGGACAGAAAAGGUGUUGAUUGUUUGUUUGUUUUUUCAGGAUACCAAUGAAUUAGUUCUGUCUCAGUAGUACAGCAUCCGUAACCACGGCGAUGUUUUGAAAGUUUGUUUUAGCCUAGGGAUUGACCACGUGCGCUUGACAAUGUAGUGUGAUUGAAAAGACAGGUUGAUGUCUUAUUUUUCUUUUUGAAAUAUCUGAAUGUGUGUUUGUAAUAUGUUAAGGUAAAAGAAAAUAAUAAUCAUGCCAAAAAAAAAAAUGUACCAAGCAUCUCAUUUCAGUUCAUCUAUGUCUGUUUUUAUAAGAUCAAUAUUAAAAAAAACCAUUGGGAUUAAAUAUUUUUGAACAGGAUACACUCCUGAGAAACUUGAGAAUGGACUCAACCUUCACAUGAGCCACUCUAUGUUUUUAAAACUGGGGGAGGGAAAUAAUGUUUACAGAGAUUGUGAGCUUCAGAGAAUGCAUGUGAUAUACCCUGUAUUACAUGCUAAUACAUAUAAGCUGUAUCUGUCAGCUACUGCCCUGUGCUUUAAAAUUGCACACACUCUACCCUUUUCAGCUUGGGGCUCACCCUUCUGCUUUUUUUUUUUUUUUUUU